AUGUGGCUGCAAGCCGUUGUGGGAGAAGAAGGUCUGGCAGGUGAUGCAGCAGAUGUUUCAUGGAUGAAUAGCUGGUUUGUGCUCUAUAAUAAUUCAAUGGCCUCAAUGUAUGCUUGUCGGCAUGCAAAGAUCCAACCCAUGGCACCAACCAUGCAGUUUUGCUUCGGCAUGUAUUUCAAUGGGGGGAGCAAACCCAAGUCAGAGUGUACUGGGCGUUUUCCAAAGGCCUCAAUCAAAAUUAGUCGCCUGAUCUCAGCGGAAUGCGCUGGAAAAAGGCGCUUUUGGGGAUGUGGGGAUGAGCAAGGUGUUGCAGGAAGUGUGGGCAUUUGGUGGGUUCGGUAA